UCCAGAACACCUGCUAUGCAUCAUACACACUGGGCACCACACCAUAACCUUUCCCCUUUUCUGUUUCACUGCCAGGUGGAGGCCCUUCUGGCAUCUGAGGAUUACGGCAAAGACCUGGCUUCUGUGAACAACUUGCUGAAGAAACAUCAGCUGCUGGAAGCGGACAUAUCUGCCCAUGAGGAUCGCCUGAAGGACCUGAACAGCCAAGCAGACAGCCUGAUGACCAGCAGUGCCUUCGACACCUCCCAAGUGAAGGAUAAACGGGACACCAUCAACAGUCGUUUCCAGAAGAUCAAGAGCAUGGCAGCCUCCCGGCGAGCCAAGCUGAAUGAAUCACAUCGCCUACACCAGUUCUUCCGGGACAUGGAUGAUGAGGAGUCCUGGAUCAAGGAGAAGAAGCUGCUGGUGAGCUCUGAGGACUACGGCCGAGACUUAACAGGCGUUCAGAACCUGAGGAAGAAGCACAAGCGGCUGGAGGCGGAACUGGCUGCCCAUGAGCCAGCGAUUCAGGGUGUCCUAGACACUGGGAAGAAGCUGUCUGAUGACAACACCAUUGGCAAGGAGGAGAUUCAGCAGCGUCUGGCCCAGUUCGUGGAGCACUGGAAGGAGCUGAAGCAUCUGGCCGCGGCGCGGGGUCAGCGGCUGGAGGAGUCCUUGGAGUAUCAGCAGUUUGUAGCCAACGUGGAAGAGGAAGAAGCCUGGAUCAACGAGAAGAUGACCCUGGUAGCCAGUGAGGAUUACGGAGACACGCUUGCCGCUAUCCAGGGCUUACUGAAGAAACAUGAAGCUUUUGAGACAGACUUCACGGUACACAAGGACCGGGUGAAUGACGUCUGCAGCAAUGGACAGGACCUCAUCAAGAAGAACAAUCACCAUGAGGAGAACAUCUCUUCCAAGAUGAAGGGCUUGAAUGGGAAGGUGUCAGACUUGGAGAAAGCUGCCGCCCAGAGGAAGGCCAAGCUUGAGGAGAACUCGGCCUUCCUUCAGUUCAACUGGAAGGCUGACGUGGUCGAGUCCUGGAUCGGUGAAAAGGAGAACAGCCUGAAGACAGAUGAUUAUGGCCGAGACCUGUCUUCCGUGCAGACUCUCCUUACCAAACAGGAAACCUUUGACGCUGGCCUGCAGGCCUUCCAGCAAGAGGGCAUCGCCAACAUCACCGCCCUCAAAGAUCAGCUGCUGGCCGCCAAGCACGUUCAGUCAAAGGCCAUUGAGGCCCGGCAUGCCUCCCUCAUGAAGCGAUGGAGCCAGCUUCUGGCCAACUCGGCCACCCGCAAGAAGAAGCUGCUGGAGGCCCAGAGUCACUUCCGCAAGGUGGAAGACCUCUUCCUGACGUUCGCCAAAAAGGCCUCUGCCUUCAACAGCUGGUUCGAAAACGCCGAAGAGGAUCUGACCGAUCCCGUGCGUUGCAACUCCCUGGAGGAGAUCAGAGCUUUGCGCGAGGCCCACGAUGCCUUCCGCUCGUCCCUCAGCUCUGCCCAGGCCGACUUCAGCCAGCUGGCCGAGCUGGACCGCCAGAUCAAGAGCUUCCGGGUGGCCUCCAACCCCUACACCUGGUUCACCAUGGAGGCCCUGGAGGAGACGUGGAGGAACCUGCAGAAGAUCAUCAAGGAACGGGAGCUGGAGCUGCAGAAGGAGCAGCGCCGGCAGGAGGAGAACGACAAGCUGCGCCAGGAGUUCGCCCAGCAUGCCAACGCGUUCCACCAGUGGAUCCAGGAGACCAGAACGUAUCUCCUCGAUGGCAUAGCGUAUCGUCGGGUCAUUCGUGUCUAUCAGUAUGAAGUUGGGGAUGAUCUGUCUGGAAGGUCCUGCAUGGUGGAAGAAUCUGGGACCUUGGAAUCCCAGCUCGAAGCUACCAAACGCAAGCACCAGGAGAUUCGAGCCAUGAGAAGUCAGCUCAAGAAGAUUGAGGACCUGGGGGCGGCCAUGGAGGAGGCCCUGAUCCUGGACAACAAGUACACAGAGCACAGCACCGUGGGCCUGGCCCAGCAGUGGGACCAGCUCGACCAGCUGGGCAUGCGCAUGCAGCACAACCUGGAGCAGCAGAUCCAGGCCAGGAACACAACCGGAGUGACUGAGGAGGCCCUCAAGGAAUUCAGCAUGAUGUUUAAACACUUCGACAAGGACAAGUCGGGCCGGCUGAACCACCAGGAGUUCAAGUCCUGCCUGCGCUCCCUGGGUUAUGACCUGCCCAUGGUGGAGGAAGGGGAGCCCGACCCCGAGUUCGAGGCAAUCCUAGACACCGUGGAUCCAAACAGGGAUGGCCACGUCUCCCUGCAAGAGUACAUGGCCUUCAUGAUCAGCCGUGAAACGGAGAACGUCAAAUCCAGCGAGGAGAUCGAGAGCGCCUUCCGGGCCCUGAGCUCCGAGGGAAAGCCCUACGUGACCAAGGAGGAGCUGUACCAGAACCUGACUCGGGAACAAGCCGACUACUGCGUCUCCCACAUGAAGCCCUACGUGGACAGCAAGGGCCGCGAACUCCCCACCGCCUUCGACUACGUGGAGUUCACCCGCUCGCUCUUCGUGAACUGAUCCCGCCCCCCGCCUCGCCUGGACCGCGCUGCUUGCCCUGCCGUCGCCUUGCUGCAUGUCACCUCCUCUCCGUGCCCACGUAUUCGUGUCACUCUUCACCGUAAGCUUAUGUCCACUUAGCUUGGGGAUAAGACUUAGUAGAAAGGAUGCUUCACUAAGCCGCUCCCGGUCCAGUGACACUUGCCCUGUUGCUGUGGGGACCCGGAUUCCUGUUGUGAAGCCAGCGGCCCCAUUCCGGCUCGAGAAAUCGCAGCAGCUGGCUGGCUCCUUUCCUGUUCGCCCCGCUCCAUUGUUUUCACGUAAAAGACAAAUAAAUGACACUCUCCCAGA